CGCUAUGCGCUCUAUGGUAGGGGACGUCGGGCCCGGGGGGCGCGUGGCGGCGGGAGGGGUGGCGGCGGUGGCGGGGGUGGCGGUGGUGGCGGAGGUGGUGGAGGGGACGGUGAUGCAGACGAGGGGACCGGGGAUGGUGCCCCGGAGCAGCAGCCUCAUCAGCAGCAGCCUCAGCAGCAGCAGCCGGUGUAGUCUAUUGGACGAGAACCAUGUACCGUAUUCCCCCGGAUAAAACACCCAUGGGUGGCAACAAAUUUUGAUGCAAAAUUUAGUGGGGGUGUAAUUAGUGGCACUUUUUGUACAACGCCCGGGGGCUAU